GCUGGACCAGCAAUGGCUUUCCUGAAGGUUCUGCUGCUAUUGGGGCUGGGUGUUUCAGUGAACUCAGCUGUUUCUUUGCAGAAGAGAAUCAUUGGAGGUCAUGACUGUGCUGACACGGAGCGUCGUUAUCAUGUUCGGCUGAGGAGGAUCAACGGAGAGAUAAUCACUGUCUGUGGAGGAUCUCUGAUCCAUCCCCAGUGGAUCCUGACUGCAGCUGACUGCUGGGAGUCAAGCCCAGGGAUUAACGAAGUAAUCGUAAAAGUUCAUCCACGGGCUAAUGAAGAGAACACUCACAUAAUCCGGCAAGAUCCUGAGGUGUAUGUUGACCAGGGCCAGAAGCAUAACAUCAUGUUGCUGAAGCUUCCGAGACCAGUAACAGAUGUCCCACUUGCUCGGCUACCAGACUGCAGUAAACGUCCUAAAGUAGGUGAUAUUGUUCAGCUGGGAGGAGAGGGAAUAACAACAAUCGGCCCCAAUAAUCGACGAUUACACAUUGGUUUUGCUGCAAAACAUCUUCAGUGUGUCGACAUGAAAGUUGUUCAAGUUUCCCAGUUUCGGCCGAGAGAUGGGUAUAUAUUCCGUACUGCAGAACCGAACACAGAUGCAUGUUAUAGCGACAUUGGUGGAGCAGUGGUGUUCAACGGCAUGAUUUAUGGUGUGAUUACUGUUGAUAGAUCACACUUUGCAUGUAAGAAACCAGUCUCAGUCAUUGAUGUGUGUGAAUACAUUGGAUGGAUAAAAACAAAAACUAGGGCUAAAUAAAACAUGAACUAUCAUGAAAUAGAAUUCGCAUAAAAUUUCCUCUCAGAUAUAAUUUCAUUAUUGUAUCUUGAUCAGUUUGAUCCACAAGAUUGUAGAAUCAUAAUAAAUCAAUAGCUUUGUUUUUUCAAACCUGACCUUGAUCUCCCUAAUGGAUCUUUGUCUGUCUCAGAAAUGAACAAUAAAUCAAUAAAUGCAUGAAUAAGAAACA